AUGGAUAAAAACAGCUUCCAGCGCGUUCUCAUCCGAGACAGCCCGGUGUUUGCCACUACUGCACAUUGCAAGCAAGCUCCAGCUUGGUUUCAGCUUGUUGUUGCUCUGGAUCGGUUCGGGAAUUAUGGCACGGGGGCAUCGCUUAGUCGGUCUAAGCGAUUAUGGGGAAUUGGAAAAGGGACUGCCGAUGAUUACACCGAUCGAGUUGUUUGUGCUCUAAAUGAGUUGGCGGGACGUUUCGUCCGAUGGCCAAGUGCGGCUGAACGGAGAAAGUCAUCACGCCACAUGGGGAGCAUGGGCUUCCUCGCAAAAGACGGCGAGUGUUUUUUAUAG